UGACUGGAAGUAGUACCAAUGUUUAGGGCCACAAUAAUUUGAUAUAGAUUGUGAAUUGUUCUACAAUCUUAUGGCUGAUUCUUUAACCAGCUCUCGCUCGAUUGUCGAGAUUCACAAUCUUCUCGUGUGUGAUAUUUGUAAGAAGACCAUCAGCGAGCCGAAGACUUUGUCUUGCUCUCAUUCAUUCUGCAAGACCUGUGUCGAGAACUUGGCGAUACAAGAAGAAGAUGUCGAGAGCGAAGACAAGACUGACAAGUUGAAAUGCCCAACUUGCAAGUCCAUAACUACCAUAAAAACUGGCGGAACCGUCGCUGAAUUGCCUGACAAUGAAUUUGUCGUUAAGUUGCUGACGGUCGUUGAUCCAAAUCGAGAGCACUCAGAACAGGAAGCAUCGCUUUGCUCUGUAUGCCACAAAGAGUCCGUUCUUACACUAUGUAUGGAGUGUGAAAUGCUCCUGUGUCACUCAUGUAACGCUUCGCACAAUAUAUGGCCAAGGAAUAGAAGCCAUGCUUUGAUAUCUGUGAGCGAAAUAGCAAAUCGUGACGAGAAAAAGCAGAUUGUGGCGGACACGUUACGCUGCACCGCCACUGGUCACGAGACUGCAAUUCCGGAAUUUUAUUGCGAAACGUGCAAGGAAUUGAUUUGCAUAAAAUGUGUUGCAUCCGUGCACACGAAACCAGGACACACCUGCAUUGCGAUUCAUCAGAUGUAUCUAAAACAGCAAGACGCCGUGAAGUCCAAAUACGCAACCAUCAGCGAAAUGUUAAAAGAGGGAAAUGAGGCAUUGGAAAGAUUCAGAAACAGCAAGACAACGUACGAGAAAGCUGCGAAAGACAUCAAGUUGAAACAUACCGUUCAAAAAGAUGAGAUCAUGAAAGCUUUUGCAAGUCGCAUUGACAAGAUUUUGGAGGAAAAAAUUCGAGAAGUUGACAACGUCUACGAUUCUUCUUGUCAGAAGCUCUCGGCUCAAAUCGAGUUAAUGUCGAAUUACCUGGAAAAAGUUGAAAAGUCGCUUCCGGGUACAAACGAUGCGUUGGAAAAUUCGAAGCUUGAAGAAUUGUUAGCAACCCAGAAAGUUAUCGAUGAUAAUAUUCAAAUGCUGCAAUAUUUAUCAUCGUUCCAGAUCCAAUUGGUUGACGAACAGUCCUGCAUGACAAAACCACAUUUUUAUAAGGCGAUCAAGCAAUUGGCAGACACUUGUACAGAUGCUAUGCCUGACACGUCAAUCCUGAAAUAUAAUGAGAAGCUUUUUGAUCAAUUGUUACGUUUUUUUGAGAGAACCGUGCCAUUGAGGCUUUGCUACAGAGCAUCACUCCAUGGUUGGGAGAGCCAGACGUUUCAUCGUUUAUGUGAUAGCAAAAAACCAACAGUAGUUUUGGUCCAGGUUGGAAAAUGGAUCUUUGGUGGAUACACUGAUCAGAGUUGGAAAGUAACCUUCACAAAACAAGUACUCCUUGAUUUCAGUUUUCCGUGA